CUCUACAUUUGCUCCGGGAUUUAUCAGAGCAACUUCCAACCAAACUCAAUCUUCUACAUUCAAGUUUUCUUCAAUCGUCUCUGUGGCUAUGGCAAGACUAUGUAAAAUCAUCUUCUGUUUGAUGUCAGUUCUAUUCCUAGUAGAUUCAGUUAUCUGCGCAGAUGCAGAUCCACCAAGUAAUGAUGCUCCUCCACCUGAAUCUGCAGCUGAUUCUGCUCCUCCAUCUCCACCUACUGAUCUUACUGGAGCUCCCGUUUCUCCACCUAAACAUAAUGAACCUAAUAGUCCUCCGGCUCCUCCACCGUCUACUAAUGCUCCAGGUCCAUCUUCGCCAAAACAUUCCCCUGCUCCAUCACCAUCUGCACCAGCUGCAUCUGAUAAUCCCAAAUCGCCUACGCCUGCUCAAUCACCAUCGGAUGAUGGUGCCGCCGACAAUAAGAAAUCACCUGCUCCAUCACCGGAUGCAGAUAUUAAACACGUGAGUACAGAUACAGCAGGAAUGGAAGAAGAAUCAAAAGGUUCAUCUUCUUCAGGUGGAAUGAGUGGUGUAAAGAAGCUUGGGAUUAGUGUGGGAGUGAUUUUAUUUGUUGGAUGUAUUGCUGCAGGAGUUAUUGUGUACAAGAAAAGGCAAGAUAAUAUAGCGCGAUCUAGGUAUGCUUAUGCAGCUGGUGGAACUUUUCUUUAAAUCUUUUGAGAGAUGAAUUUUAUUUUUUGGUUAGGGUUUGAUAAUUUUGUGGAGAAGGGUUGUUAGUAUGAUGAUCUGAUUUGUUCAAAUUCUUAUUAAUUUUUUUUUGGUUAUAAACAUUUGUAAGCAUUGAUUCAAUCUUUCUCUCUUCCCCGCAUUACUCUAAUUCUUCUUCAUUGUUUAUCUCGUUUGUCAAUUUCAUUAAAGUCUUAAGAAUUUCUACAA